AUGCCCGUAGUUUUUACUACGAAUAGUUCGAACGCUAAGAAGACGUCCUUUUUAAUUAUCACCGGAGGAGUGGGCGUGGGGAAGUCCACAUUGAUCACACGCCUUCAAAAGAUCUAUGGAGAGCAGAUAGGAGUGAUCAAAGAGUUCAUUGAUUACUCACCGGAGAAGGGGAAAGCGUACUUGGAGGACUUUUUACAUUGCCGGAUGAAUUGCUUUGAGUUCCAGUCGUUCAUCUUAGACUGCUACAACGCACAACUGAAAGACUUCUGUGGGACGAAACGAGUUGUUGUGAUGGAAAGAGGUCCUUUCGACUCCGUCGGAGUCUUCACACGACAGUCGUUGAAUGACGGCGGAAUAUCACAAGAAGGGUAUGAUAGACUUAUUCAACGAGUUAGAGAACUAGAAGUCCAAUAUGGUAUCCCAUCAUCAUCACACUUGAAAAUAGAAGUCAGAGAUAUGGCUACUUUGUCUGCUCAAAACGUAUUUGAUUCUUUGAAAGGACUCAUCUUUAAAACAGUGGAAACAAGAGGAGAUCUUUUGAUGUACCUCUAUUCGUCUAAUCCACAGAAACAAUUACAAAACAUCGCUAAGAGAGGAAGACCAGAAGAAAGAAACUAUAACGUCGAUUAUAUGCUCAAGAUAAAUCAAGCUUAUGCUGAUCUGUUUGCUAAUAGGAUGUAA